GAUCAGCCACGUUCACGCCCGCUUUGCUCUUCGAGUAUCAUACAGCCAGUCCGAUUUCUUCUAAAGAGAACAUGCUGGUGCGGCGUGGACAAAAAUGAUCUUGCUUCGCCCAGCUUCAUAGUAACGAGGCCGGGCAAUGGACAAGGAGGAGUCAGUCGCCCCUUCAACUGUCCUGUCGUUCGUUCCUCUCUAGGCUUUUCAUGACCAUCUACGACAUCCUCGGCCUUAUAUUCGGUGCAUUAGGAACUAUAGGUGUUGUCCAACUGGCAUACACCAUCGUUUGCUACAACUUGCCGCAAGAGAAAUUGAAGAGUCUCGAUGAAGUAUUGGACGCUACGCGACUUCUUUUCGACUCUGUUGUAGAAGAAGGCCUCCUUCCAGACAAGAGGUUUGUGCAGAAAGCUGCACAUCGUUUACAGCAUUACCGAGAACUAACUGAAGGCCUACGCUCGGAAGUCCACUCUGCUACAUCUUUCACAGAAAAAUGUCACGCCAUGCUCUCUGGUCUCUCCCGAAAAAUAAGUACGUUGCGCAACCAAAUUGAGAAACUUCGCGCCGUCAUCUCUUCGACGAGUAGCAAGGCACGCAGAGAGCUUCGUGAUAAUAGUAGUAAUUGCGCCAUCUCAUUGGAUGCGAAAUUAGAAAGAGAAGGUGAUGCAGAUGUACCAUCAAUUAUACCACGUCUUUCAACAGGGAAUGGAAUGGAGGAAUACCGCAAGGGAAGAAAACAAUUAUAUGACAACCACAAUAUCCGACUUCCACCUCCGGUGUAUAGUCAAAUCGGGACGCAUUGCCACUCCGUUCCUGGAUAUUGCCAGACCAUAUAUGUACCUGAAUUCACUUCCCAUCUCGUAUCAUCUGGCAUACCGGCAAGGACGUCUGGCAUUCCAUCGUUUGCCACGAUGGUGUUGGAGAAUAAUUGCCGAAACCCUGCAUCAGUACCGCUGGAUGAUUGCGAACCCUUAGUCAAUGCUUCACGACCUGGGAAGCGUUGCAUCUGCAGUCAUCUAUCUGAAGCAGAUGUUCAUGCUCUCGAGCAUGUUCUGCGACAAAUGCUUGUAGCAUUGGCAGACGUACGAGGACAACAGGCGGAGCAUUGAAUGAUGCUCACCUGUACCACACCGCCACACUUUCGAUAUAUGUUCGUCUUUUUUCCUUGCCUUUGCUUUUUGCUCUAUCGUUGUUCCUUUGCUUUGAUCGCUUUUCGUAGCUCCAUGUCCUCAGUUUUCAGGGUCUACUAUUUAUCGAUAUCGGACAUACAGCUUGACGUCAUGUUCUUUAUGCUAUUUGCUCGAACAAAUUUUGUUCUCUCUC